GCGGUAAACAUCAUUCAAACAAGUGUGCUUCUACGAUACAGUUGCAAUAACCAAAUAACUUCCACUAGUCCUCUUAUACGAGUCGAGCACAAGUGACAGUUACUUUUGAAUUCCUUCAGUGCAACUCACAACUGUAAACACAAAAAGCAACAGCAUGUCAAGCCAAAUGUUCGUAAUCGUUUGCUUCGCCACCCUUUUGAUCGCCGCUGCGCAAUCCAGCAACGCUAUGGCUGUGCCACCAUUCUGCCAAUCGGGCAUGGUGGAGGAUAUGCCACCACACAUCCAAAAAGUCUGCUCGGCACUCAACAAUUCGGAACAAUUGGCUACAGCGUUGAAAUCGUACUUGAAUAGCGAGGCGGCAGCUCUGCUUACCGAUCAGGCGCCCUUGAAGCGUUCCGAUGUUGAUCACGUUUUCUUGCGUUUCGGCAAAAGGCGUUAAAUUUCCAGCGCCGAUAAUGUUGCCACCGCCACCAAUACAUAUUAACCAACAGUUGACCGUUGAUGGACGCCAUGAUUUGCAACACAAACACACACACUCAAGCACGACCGCCAUGUGAAUAACCAACAAUAACAAACGACCAAUUAUUGCAAAUGAAAAUUAAAAAAAUUCGCUUUAAUUUAAUCAAAAUUAUUUAACCAUAAAAUAAAUUAAAACUUAUAGCAGAAUUUUAUGGCAAAAUAAAAAAUGCAAGCACUAAAUUUGCAAACAAAAAUAUUUUUAAAUAAAAAAAAUUAUGAAAUUUAUUAAAUUAAUUAUUAGACUAAACAAAUAUUUUGUAUGUAUGCAUAAUACAAAUUCUUAAGUUGAUCUCUUUAUAAUGAAUUACAAUUUUCUGUACUUGUGCAUCUGGAAUAUAUGCUUAUAUAUAACAUACGCGUAUACACAUCAGAAAUGUUGGGAGCUUGUAAAAAUCGAAAAAAAAAAAAUAAUUAUAAAACAAUUUUUAAAACUAA